AUGGCCUCGGUGAAAGACUGGGAUGCCUUGACGAAAGCGAGACAUACUUUUACAACAGAGCAGUUGCUGCAAUUCAACGCCGCCGGCGUCGACCCGUACCUCAUCCAGGUCGCGGAGCUAAUUGGCUCGCAGUUCAAUAUCUCCCUACAUGGCCAGCGGAAUCCCGUUAAUGUCUUUUCCAGUCUUCCCCAGGCCGAGUUCUAUGGUCAGAGAAUGGGCAUCGGGUUUUCGGAUCGACACAUUGUGAGGAUCCUCGCUGAGUCUAACGGCGGAUUCGCUUUCCUGGGCAUCGUAAGCUGUCUGGGCGAAUAUUUUGCCUCGGAUGUCAUCGUGGCUGUCAUAAUGAAGCUUGGAAGUAAUAUACAGACGGACGGAAUGUGGGAAGGGUGGGAGCCCAGUGAUUCCCAAUGGAAACGCUUGGUAUAUCUGUGUCAGGGCUUGCUUGCCACGUCUCCGUUUGGGACACUGAUUUCUCGAAACCAUGAAGACCUCGAAACAGGGACUGAUCAUGUCAAUGUCGCCCAAAUCGUUGAAGCUCUGGUGAACUUGAGCGAUCUUGUCGGUGGCGGCGCGAAGAACUUCUCUCUCGAGCACGCCGGUUCUGAUGCCUACUGGUUUGCAGCUGUUGCGGAAUAUCUAUUCGACCUCAGAGUGGCCGUUGAAGACCCCGACGGAGUACUGCUCUAUGCGCGCCCCGGAACUAACGCAAAAGAAGCUCAAUUCGUCCUCCGAUCAGAUGUGCCCUUGUACAGUGAUGAAGCCGCCGAGCUGUUGCCGCUCUCGGAAGCAUUUGCAGACAUCGGCCACAUCCUAGGCCCAUCGCAUCGGUCGGCUCUCAAGACUGGAGCUGUUGCUGAGCCCAAGAACCAACUCGCUCCUGUUAGUGGGGGAAUGGUGACGUGGGAGAAAUUGUUCCGGUCCUGCUUUGGUCGAACUUUUACAGACAUCGAGCCUUCACUGGUCGCCGUAUUCACUGGUGGAGCUGCGAGUCUCCUUUCGUCGACACUACAAUACGACCAUACGAAAUCUCAAGAGUUCUUCCUCCCACACGCGAGCACUAUGCGUGGCCUUUCAGGCUACGGACUGGUGGAGACGGUGAUCUCCUGGUCUCCAGAGCUGCGUCGCAUGGCUCCACAGAUGGCUAAAGCAGCGCGACUACCGUUUCAACAAGCAUGA